AUGCAGAUGAGCGACGCCAACUUCGACUUCAUCCCCUCCACCCUCUCCAUCAGUCAUUUCAAUGACGCCCUAUUCGGACUCCUCUCCCGUGGGUACAGUCCCCGUCAGGCACACCGUAUGCUUAUCAAGCUGACGGGAGAGGAGACUCUAAAACUUUAUAAAGUGGAAGAUAUCUUUGAAUACAAGAAAAACGAGCUGCGUCGGAUGGACAAGAAGGCGUGGGUGUCGUUGGAGGCGGUGGUGUAUCAACGCUCUUGGUUGAGUAGUGUGAAAGAGUCGAGGAAUAUGAGAAGCGCCCUGCCACCACCACAACUUCUCCCAGAAUCCUUCAAUUCCCCCACGCCUUCCAUCAACCACCUUCUCAUCAAAAUCUCUCCAAACCGUGUGUCAAUCCAUCUCGAUGACGUCACCAAAACCUACGAGGACUUCACGGCCGGCUGUCGUGUCACUAUGGAUGGGCGGGACAAGUUUCUGGCGGUCGUUCGGACAGUGGGCGUGGCCUUCGUGGAUUUAACACGGGUUUUCGAGAAACCAGAGCUCCGAGUAGGCUGUUGGGAGAUCGAGUGGAAGGAUGGAGUCGCUGGAAGGAACCCACUUCCCCGUACCCAUCUUGAAGUCUACGCUAUGCUCCAGAAUGUUCUGGAGUCUACUGGUCAUUUGAUCUACGUGGAAUCUGUCAAAAUGACCACUGACUUCGCAAGCCACGCCCACCAGAUUCUUCCAUUCCUCCAACCUGGUGCCCUGAAAAAAAUCGAUAUCAAGAAUAGCCAGCCGGAGAUUUUGGAGACCAAAAUGUUCGAUACGGAGGCAUUCAAGGGGGCGGAGCAAUUUGAUUGUGGAAAUCUUGACGUCACUUGGGAGGAUAUUGUUGGCAAAAUGACGCAUUUUGGAAAUGCAAAUGUCUCCACGACAUAUCCCAUCACUGUUGAGAUGUUUGAGAAGUUGGUGGAGAACCUCAAAUCCAACUCGAAACUUUCAAAACUCUCUAUUCAAAUCGUCAACGAUAACCCGGGUACCACCGAGGUGAAGCAUCACCUCCGUGUUGGUGGUGCAGGAGAUCGAACAGAAGACGUCGGAAUUCAUUAUAUCACCACGGAGGGCUCUGCUUCGCGGAUCGGAGUCAUUGUCAGUGAUCAUCAUCUGAUCAUCUUGGGAUCACAGAUUCAGUUUUGA